AUGACAUCUGUUUGGGCCGUGCAGAACCGAAGUAUGAACUCUUCCCUGGAUGCAAACAAUACCAGCCGACCAUUCUGCCUUUUGGGAUUCAGUUACUACGAAACAGUUAACAUCUGCCUCCUGGAAAUAACCAUCAUUGUUUUUCUGACAGUGUUAAUCAUUUCAGGUAAUCUCAUUGUCAUAUUGGUAUUUCAUUGUGCACCCCUUUUGAAUCAUCAUACCACAAGUUAUUUCAUUCAGACUACGGCGUUCGCUGAUCUAUUUGUUGGAGUCAGUUGCCUGGUUCCGUCUUUGUCCCUUCUUCACUAUCCGACUGGAUCUCAUGAAUCUUUAACGUGCAAAUUCUUUGGAUAUAUUGUGUCUGUCCUGAAAAGCGUUUCAAUGACCUCUCUGGCCUGCAUCAGCGUUGAUCGAUACAUUGCAAUUACGAAGCCGCUAUCUUACAAUCAGCUGGUCACACCGUGGAGGUUGCGUGCCUGCAUUGUUAUCAUCUGGAUAUACUCCUGCAUCAUAUUCCUUCCUUCUUUCUUUGGCUGGGGAAAGCCAGGUUAUCAUGGGGACAUAUUUGAAUGGUGUGCUAAUUCCUGGGAGACAAACGUGUACUUUGCAGGGUUUAUUGUGGUUUUGCUGUAUGCCCCGGCUGCAUUUGUGGUCUGUUUUACCUAUUUCAACAUAUUCAGAAUAUGCCAACAACACACGAAAGAAAUCAGUGAAAGACGUGCUCGGUUUAACCCUCAAGAAGGGACAUCGACAGAAAAUCCACCCAGCUCUGAGAAACAUUAUGCUAUGGUUCUCUUCCGAAUCACCAGUGUCUUUUACAUCCUCUGGCUUCCGUACAUCGUUUAUUUCCUCCUCGAGAGCUCCCACGUUUAUCAUAGCUCGGAGGUAUCUUUCCUGACCACCUGGCUCGCCAUUAGCAAUAGCUUCUGUAACUGCGUAAUAUACAGCCUUUCUAACAGUGUCUUUCGGAAGGGGCUCAGGCGCCUCUCGGAUGCCGUCUGUGCUUCAUGUAUCUGGUAUGUGGAAAGCAAAAACCCUUCAAUGCCUGGGAGUAAAAGAUCUUCCAAUGACUGCAAUGCUUGA